CUCUUUUCUCCCCGGCCUCCCUACCACAUUUCUUCGCUCGUAAAACCGGCUCUAGUUAGAAGCAUGGCACCCUCUCCCAUGCCCCCUCCUCCAUGUAGCGGCGUGGCUUCCAAGGUAGCGUGUGUAACAUGAGAAUGGGUAGGCGUCAGCCUCGUGUGCCCGGCAGCUUCGCCCACUCAUGAGCAGUACCCACGCACCCUCACGUAAUGAACGGCCUCGUGCGCACCUCACGCUCUCACUCUCGCUGCACACCCUCUGGUAGCUGCUAUCCUUGCGACUCUAUAUGAGAUGAUGAUCAGUCUCCGCCUGGUAGUGCGUAUGGGGUAGUCGGUCUAAGCUAUGGUUAUCCGCCUUUUCGUACCGCCUGGAGAAGGGCAGCACAAGCUCGUUCCAAAGCGUCCAGACUCGAUCGGUGCGAAUGCGACGCUCCAGUACUCGGUCGUCUCCUCUACUGCCCUCGCUGCCGCAUACACGUCCUUUGCUUCAACAUAUGGGCAACGAGUUACGCCUUCUCUGUCGAUAUCGAAGCCAGCGCUAUUCAUACGGUCAUCCGCCAGACUAGGGUUGUGGGCUAGCGUGGCAGGAGCAGCGGUCAACUGGUACUAUCACACGGCUUUCACGUCGGUCGUUGUAUCGCAGAAGAACCCUAAAGUCAAACGGUGGAAGCUAUACAAAUGGACUAAGCGAUACACGGUCGAGGAUGGGUGUCUGGCUGGCGCAGCCCUGGGGCUCGCGGCGUCUAUACCAAUGCUAUUCACACGGCGACCUGCGAUACCACGGUGGACGCGAUGCUUGGGCAUGGCGAACAUUGGCGCAUGCGCUGGCGUACUAGGAGCUCAUGGAUACCUUCAGUACACUGGGGAGCGACAGAAGGCUUACAAACGCCUGGACCGACGCUUGAAGCGAAGAUCACUAGAGUUCUGGACAAUAUACUCGGAUAAGCAGUUGAUGGCACAGUUUAAUCCCAUCAUCCAGCAAUAUGUACGGCAAAAUGGCAUUUGGUACACUCAACAAUUACCGGACAGUGUCUAUGAGCAGGCGGACGACCAUGGGAGUCGAACGAGUAAAAGCAAAAAGAACAGGUCUGGCGCUGUGGCGCCCGCGGACACCAAGGAACACCCAGAAGAACCGCCCUACUAUACGCAACCAUUCGACUAUGCCGACCACCUCAAGAAGAUCGACGCCGAAGCUGUAGUGACUAAGGUGGAGGAGCUGGAGGCAGAAGUGUCAAUGUUGCUUGAAGAGGCCUGGUAUCUACUCUACAUCAAUGCACAAAAACAGCACGAAUACUGCCAUUUGAAUGAAAUGGACGACGACGAACGCCAGAGACGUCAAGAAGAAAUCCAUCUCGUCGGAAUAGCCUACAAACGCCUCCGCAACGCAGCCCAUAUCAUCGAUGUCGGGCUUGACAAAUGGCGCAUGUCUCUGCACCACAAAGCUGUUUGGGAAGCCUCUGCAUCAGGCGAUGAUCAAGUCGCCGAUUGGCUGCCCAGGUCAGAAACCAUCGACUUCUACUCACAUAGCCCUGUUAUAUCGAUCCACGAGAUGGAGAUGGUCCAGACGCAGAUUGCUGCAGAUGUCAAGAUGUUCGAGGAGCUGGUUGCGAACCAUGGGCACCCCAAGGAGAAAAGGGACAGAUGGAAGAAAGAUCUAGAGGAUGCGAGGGUGCUUCUGAGGGCUGGGGAUCGUAUUGUGUUUGAGCUAGAAAGAAUACGGGAGUCGGUUGUGGGAGGUGCGACUGCAGCUCUGGGGGUCAGGAACCCAACCUUGAAGGGCAAAGCUCUGGUCGAUGCAAAUACAGUCGCAAUAGUUGACGAGGAAAAGGCCCAGGUCUGUGUAAAGGAGCUGGACCUACAGGCGCCAGAUCAGAAGAAACAUGGGAAGACCAAGAUGAAUGAAGAGAAGGCAGUGAAGCCGUCUGAUGGCAGCCUCGAACCCGAUAAGCCCGACAAGCCUUGAAAGCGUUCGCGUAGGUCUUGUUCUUCGAGCUAAUCUAAGCUCAGUUCGAGACAGGACAAUAUGGGGGGCUAAACAUCGUCCUACAACAUAUCCUCUACGUCAUUAUCUUUUAACCCUUUUUUUGGCUACACACAUACGUGACACGAUAGCAUGUGAACGAAGUGCUCCAGCACCCUCAGAAGAAUAGCAACUCGGAAGCCCAGACAUCAAAAAGGUGCAAAAAAAACAUACAACAGCGGGGAUUCGCUAGUGGUCACCCACCUAACUACUAAUCCGCCGGUAUCCUGCUUAAGUACCGCUG